AUGGCAGAAAACGGACAACUGGCAGAAGAAUAUCAUCCUCAGCAGACUCCAGCACAUACAUUUUCUCCACCGUUAUCACCUCUGCCCAGCAGUUGUAGCAUCAAUAGAAGGCUGCUUCCUGUCAAAGGAUAUUAUUUUGUGUUUAUGGCUGCUGUCGGAGACUUGCUUCCAUUCAUUGGCAUUUACAUGCUGCAUCUGGGAUUAACAACGGAGGAAACCGGACUUAUCUACGGUGUCAUGCCCUUCAUCGGGUUUUUUGUCCGGCCGUUAAUUGGAGCUUUGUCAGACAAAUAUAAGAAACACAAGUUGGUUCUUAUUCUUGUCACUGCAUUUUCAGGUAUAUUCUACUUCCUGCUGGUGUUUGUACCACACCGGCCAUCCCCAGCACAGCUAGAAAUUCAUACAAACUUUGCAUGUAGCACUCAAAACUCAUACUUCCACGACUGCCCUGUCACCACUCAGGCAGCGGGCUGCAGUGUCGGACUGACUUACUUCGCCAAUUCAACUGAAACCAACAAGCUCAAUAAAUCUCUGUCAUGUUCUGUUUCAUGCCAAGCGAAGUCUGAUGCCACUAUACCAGACUUCAGGUAUUGUUUUACUAAUAAUACAGGGGAAUAUGGUUCCGAAGGUUGUACUGAUACAAGCUACAAGAGAGUCCUUAGAUUCACAGUCCCAGACCUACAGGGACUCAUUGCUAGUGAGAUCAUUGAAGACAGGGAGACGACUGGUUCAGCGCAGUGCCUCAAUUAUGAUGUUAAAGAUAUUCUCUUUGGAAACACUUCUAAAAGAGAAGCCUUGCAAAUUCUGUGUGGUAGAGCGCUUUAUUUGGACUGCGCCUUAAACUGCGACAAAAACCAUCCCUGUGAGACCAGCCCCAUAUUCCGAUUAGAUACAACAUUCUGCGUCUUUUUUGUGAUUUUCUUGAUGGCAAACAUUGCAUUUGCGCCCGUCUUUCCUUUGUUGGAUGCAGCAGCCUAUGACAAUUUGGGGCAGGAUCGGCAUUUGUGGGGGCAGCAAAGAGUGUGGGGGACCUUUGGGUUUAUUUUGUUUGCUGUGACUUCCACCUUCAUUAUGGACAUGCAGAAGAGGGACGGCAAGGCAGUGGAUUACUCUGUGUCAAUCUAUUUGUUCCUUCCUUUAACCCUCAUUGCAGCAUUUAUUGCCAGUUUCCUGAAUAUGUCAGGUGAUAUCAGGUGUGGUCACGUCAUGAAGAACAUCACGCAGUUGUUGAAGAAUGCAGAAGUCUCCGCCUUUCUGUUUGUUGUGAUGUAUUUCGGAAUGCUGACUGGGGCUCUAGAGGCAUUCCUGUUCUGGUUUUUAACCACCAUCGGAAGCUCUCCUCUGGUCUUUGGCUUCAUCUUGUUGAUUAAUUGUUGUGCCGAGGUGCCAAUGCUGUGGAUUGCUGGAACAGUGAUCAAGAAGAUCGGACUUGUCAGCUGCCUGUAUCUGGCCUUUGUCUGCUACGGCAUUCGUCUGAUCGUCUACUCCUUCAUUUACGAACCCUGGUUGGCCCUACUUGUAGAGCCACUUUAUGGAGUUUGCUUUGGGCUCAUGUACGCAGCUGCCUCAUCGUACGCAAGCAUCAUUGCACCCCCUGGUAUGUCAGCCACUGUUCAGGGCUUGCUAGGAGGUGUUCAUUUUGGGUUCGGAAAGGGUCUAGGCAGCUUGAUCACUGGGUUCAUGUUUCGAGGCAUCGGUCCCAGAUGGACCUGGAGAGUGUACGUGAUCAUCUCUGCCAUCAUUCUGGUGGUAUACUUCUGUCUCAACAAGUUUGUGUUCAAGUCUGACCACCGCCAGUUGUCAAGACCAUCUGCAGCCACAGGACAUCCUGAUGAUCAAGCCAAACAAGAAGUCACACUCAUUAAAUCCAACUUGCAUUCAGAUGGACCCGAGAUCACUUUAUAG